AUGAAGCAUGAAGAAGAAAAAAGGACAAUAAUAAAGGUCUCUCAACAUGCUUUUAUUGGGGCGGCGGUUGAGGUUACAGUUCUUCUUCUACACGACAUCAUGCUUGUUGGGUUUUUGGGUGACUUCAGUUUUUUUAAAAUUCUGUGA